AUGAGGGUUCAAGCUUUCUUCAUCGUCGCCUUUGCGGCCCUCGCUAUUGCUGGAGCAGUUCCCGAACAGGGCGAUGCCUUCAUCAAGCAACGAACCCCCGAAUCGAGCAAGUACUGCGGCGGCAAAGAUGAACAUUGCUCCGCCGACGACCAGUGUUGCAGCAAACAAUGCACUUGGCGCCCUGGGGACCCUCAUAGGCGCUGUGAGGGACAUUGA